GAGGGCGAGGGCUACGUCCACUACAAGGCGAUGAUGAUCAGUGUCGCGCUGCACGUCAUCCUCCUCAUGUUCGAGAUGCUCGUCUGCAACAAGCUGGAGAACGUGCACGACGCGCGGCAGCCGCUCUGGACCCUCGUCUUCAUCCCGCUCGUCUUCGUCAGCAUCAUCGCCAUCGCCGUCUGCAUCUGGGGCUUCCGGCACGACCGGGCGUUCGAGAUGGAGCUGUUCAGUUCCGUAAACAUAUUGCAGUUCAUCUUCAUUCCUCUGCGAUUGGACGAGAUCAUCGGAUGGAGUUGGGUG